GCUAUUUUCUGGAUUAGCACCGCUGCUAGUGCUACGAAUGAUUCCUAGAGAGGUCUUUCGAUCCGUCCAAAUGAAGACGCUGUCGUGUGGGCGCGAGGAUUUGGAUCACCUAAAUGAGUAUAUCGACCAUCAGCUACAGGUCGAUGACAGCGACCUAAACACUAAAUUUGAAGUGAAGGCGUGUGCCACGGGUGAAGUUCUCUUUCACAUUCUUGCCCGCUCCGUGGUGGAUCCACUGGAAUUCAAGGAGGUCAAGAUGCUCGCAACGGAGUCUUUGUCCAAGUUUCCUCCCCCACUUGUGAUGCCGUUCGUGCUUGCACACGUAGUUGCAUUCUUGCGAGAAGCAACCCCUCACGGAGAACAAGAUUGUUCAUGUAUUGUCGAAGACGACAGCGUUCCAGAUUCUUGUGGACUGGUGACAGCUAAGUUGAUGGUGUACUACCUCAACAGAGUUUUUUCGGAGGAUGAACACGCCUACAAAGAUUGUGACAUCAGUUCAAAAGCAAUUGCAGUGCUGGUGCAAAUCCUGGCACUUCCGGCCGAUGAUUCACUCGUUGCCGACCUCCAACGCGGUUGCAUAGAUUGCAUAUCGUUGAUACUCUCCAGACUUGCAGCAAACGACAGCGGACAAGAAACGAAAAAAAUGCCGAGUGCUGCAUCACUUAUGAACCUGCUGAUAGCGUGGAUAUUCGGGAUCCAGAAUGGAGAUAACGGAGAAAACAGUAAAACUCGUGAUACUGAUGGCAUCGACUCACGAGUGCAAAGACUGCUCGAUAGUAUGUGGAGCGAAGCUCGAUACGACCAAUUACCACUGCAAGUUCGUAUUUGCUGCUGCAAUGUCCUACUCAGCACCAUAUCGCGAUCGGAGAACAGUGUCCUCGCAAGCUGGAAAUCACAGGGAUUCAUUUCAAGAAUUGCGCUCGCUACUGAACGCUGCGUAGAAGAAAAUGUUGUCGUUGGUGGUCUACAGAUUAUCUUUUCGUUCUUGUACAAGACUAGCGACCUAUUCUCACUUGAAGGCAACGACGAUCUCCAACUUGUUCGGAUCUGCUUCGAGGCUAUCGCAUCUCUUCUUGAGGUUACACGAAGCGAAUCUGUUGCAAUGAACGGACUUAAAGUGGUUGGAGUACUUAUUGGAAAAUUUCCGGGGUUCAUUGGAACGUUGUCAUCGGAAGAUCUCCAGCAGCUUAUUGACAGGUGUUUGAUCAAGGUGCGUGACAGGCGAGUAUCACCUGCUGUAACGGAGCUAGCUAAAUCGCUGCUACGAGCGAUGACUCCUCCGUAAUGAUGAGCCAGCAAUUCUGAGAGGUGGCAAUCUUCAACGUUUGAUGGCAAAUAGAGCAGUGAUUCCAACACAGAAAACUUGAGUUUUGGAAUGACCCUGAUUGUCUGCAG